UCACCUGCCAGCCUGUUGGACUGGAAAAUGGGGGCAACCCACCGGCUGAAUGGAUCCCGCGCACCCAGGGCUCAGGGCUGCGGCAGCCCAACAACGAAGUGGACCUCAGUGAGAGGAACUUCAAAGUGACCCUGCAUUGCAAGCACACACGGCCCAGAGAACUGAAGUGUAACAGCAGGAGCAGCAAAGCAGAAGCUCAAAGUUCCGUGUUUGCAGAUGCUCAUACCAGCAACUGCUCUGUGAAGAGGCAUGCUGGUGAAGAUGAAUUAAGGAGACGCCUGAAAUCCCAGGUCCCAUCCUUAGGAGGCACCCUCCACAGCUCUUCUGAUUACUCCCGAGAGCCAAAGUUCUACCAGGCAGGGCAUCCUGGUCAGAAGGCAGAGAAGGCCUUGUCGUUCAGCAUGCUCAGCUUCCCAGAGGGUUCUUGCUCAUCAUUAGGCCGGGACCACAAGUCUGGUUCACUUCGUCACGCUGAGACGGUUGACCGGUACAAGAGCCCCCACAGCCAGAGCAACGUCAAGACAGAUGACUUGCAGCCAGCUAGUGCUCUGGACUGCCCUGGUAUUGCCUGGGACCUGGAUGAGACAGCCACACAGGACAGAGCUGCCAAGACCUUCUCCAAUGCUACCUUGGCCUCGGGCAGGUGCAACAUCGACAAUAUCAUCUCCCUGCUCAAGAGCAAGUGCGGCAACGGGCGCAUCAACCUCUACCCUGUGGUGCAGCUCAUUGAUAUCAUGAAGGACAUCAACCGUCUCUCCGAGGACCUGAAGAGCUGCGGUGUUCAUCUGGACUGCAGCGGACUACAGUUUGAUAGCCACCCACCACCCAACGAGGAGAGCAGGGACCAGGGACUGCAGUACAGUUUCUACUCCUCGCCUGUGCUGGCCAACAGCAUCCGUAGUCCAGAGGAGCAAGUGGCGCAGGGCUGCACCAAAGCUGAGCUGCCCAAGGAGAGCCAACCUGGCCUCUAUGCAGAAAAGGCAGAGGGGGACGAUCAGAGUACCCAGUACUCAGCUUGCCAGAGCAGCCCUGCUUUGAAGGUACCCAGCAGCCCAGACGAAAGCAGCAGCUCAGAAUCUGAUACCACCGAUUAUACCGAGCUUGCCGACACAGAUAUCUUGAGUGAGCUGGCUUCUCUGGCCUGCCCGGGCCCUCAGCUGCUAGAUCAUCAGCAUCCAGAGCCCCACUCCCAGUUGCUAGAAAGACAGGGACUAGACACGAAAUCCCAGGUAAUCUGUUCACAGUCUCCGGAACACCAGCCUCAGCUAGUAGAUUCCAAGUCUCUAGAACCUCCUCCAGAGACUCUGGCCUUGCAGACUGUGGAUCCACUGCCUGAACCAAUUGGGCUGCAGACUCUAGAGCCUCUGGAGCUGCAGGCCCUAGAACCAUUGUCCGAAUCACUUUCUCUCCAAUCCCUGGAGCCCCUUUCUGAGCCGUUAGGGCUACAGUCUUUAGGGGCCCUGGAUCACCAGCUGCUUGACUCCCAAGCCCACCUCCUGGAUUCUGAGGCUCAGCUGCUAGGCCCCCUUCCCAAGUUGUUAGACUCCCAGCCACAUCUGGGGACAGAUGAGUCCUUAGGGACACACCCGCCACAACCCCAGUCCCACCUCAGCUGUUCUGUGAGAGGAGUAGUAAGGCGAGGGGCAGGGCGGGGCAGGGAUGAUCACAGGAAGUAUGCUCUACGCAGAACAGAUAAACCAAAGAUUCUCUGCCGCCGGAGGAGGGGAGGCCGGGGGCGGCGGGCGGAGAUUGUAGCUGAGACCAGGGUCCUCCCCACAGCUGCACCAGUGGAAGUGGUUGUGGCCCAGCCGGAGGAAGUGAGCCUGCCCGUGGCGGCUGUGCCAGCAGAUGAAGAAGUGGAUCCCCUCCUCUCCGCCUUGGACCUAGAGGAUAGUCAGAAGGCUCCGGCCAACCCACCAGCUCCGAAGCCCAAAUGCCGUGGCGUGCGCAGGAUGGUGGUGAAGAUGGCCAAGAUCCCAGUUUCCCUUGGGAGGCGGAACAAGACAACAUACAAAGUGUCCUCUCUGAGCAGCAACUUGAACUUGGAAGGCAAAGAGCUGACGUCGUACCCCUCAAUGGAACCUACCCCACUCUUGAAGAUGAAGAACAAUGGCCGUAAUGUCGUAGUGGUCUUCCCUCCUGGUGAGAUGCCAAUUAUCCUAAAGCGGAAGCGGGGGAGGCCCCCUAAAAAUCUGAUGUUGGGGCCCUGCAAACCCAAGGAGCCCACCCCGGAGGCGAAGAAACGGAGGAGGAGGAAGCAGAAACUGGCAUCGCCACAACCCUCUUACGUCGCCGACACCAACGACAGUAAAGCCGACUACUCCGAUGUCCUGGCAAAGCUGGCCUUUCUAAACCGUCAGAGCCAGUGCUCCGCACGUUGUUCCCCACCACGCUGCUGGACCCCGAGUGAACCAGACUCCAUCCACCAGGCCCCCGACACUCAAAGCAUCUCCCACUUCUUGCACCGGGUCCAGGGUUUCCGCCGGCGUGGUGGCAAAGGGGGUGGGUUUGGUCGCGGAGGGGGGCACUCUGCCCGCUCAUCUCGCUGCUCCUUUAGUGACUUUUUUGAAGGUAUCGGCAAGAAGAAGAAGGCAACCCCAGUGGCAGCCAUGCACGCUGACCCUGUGCACCCACGGAAACGAGGCCGACAAGAACCGGACUCCAUGGACAAGCCCAAGAGGAAGAGGCGGUCCCGCAAGAACGGGGUGUUGUUUCCAGAGCAGAACCUUGGACAGAACUUCAACGAUGGGGUCUCCGAAUGGAGUGGAGACAAGGAGAGCCCUUGGAUGCCCCACCAUGGGCCCCUGUCCGGCCAGACGAACAGGAACUGCAGUUACCAAGGUGCUGACUCUCGAACCUUCCAUUCUUCCACAGUGGAGACCAGUUCUUCCAGCAGGAGUGGCUUUUACAGUGGCAGCAAUCCAUCAUCGCAAUCCGAGUUAAGCCAGGAGAGACACAGUCUUUUCACUGGCUACUUCCGCUCCCUGCUAGACUCAGACGACUCCUCUGAUCUGCUGGACUUUGCUCUCUCAAACACACGCUCUGAGUCUCGGAAAGCCACUACCACCUACACAGCCCCUCCCAAUGCCAUAGCUACCCAGAGGGGCAUGGCAUCCUACCCGAGCCGGGGAGGCAAAGUGACACCUGCCUCCACCACCACUACCGUGACUACUGAGGCGCCCUUCCAUAAUGUCAUGCCGAGCCGGCAGUCGUUCCCUCCCAGCAGAGCAGCAGGAUACAACAUGUCUCAGGCUCCUUCGGAGUGCCGUGGCACAGACGCCUUCCAAAAGCUGGCAACACUCUCAGCUGUCUCCAGGUCACCCACGGCUCACUCCUCGGCUGCCUCCAGCUAUGCACAGUACGGCAGCUACAGCAGCAGCAGUGGAGGGCAGAAUGUGACCUCCUCCAGCCUAUUCCAGCAAGGGAAGCCAUACCAUGCCACACAGGACUGCUCGAACAACAAAGACUGCAGCUUCAGCUACGGCGGUGGCAACAGCCUGCCCUCGUCGCCCAGCAGUGCCCACAGUGUCAGCUACGCCCAACAGACAUCAGGACCUAGCUUGCCCUUGAGUAAGGCCUCCUUCUUCAGCAGUUCAGAUCCCGGCCAGUUCUCUAGCUCCUCUCACACGCCCAUGAGGUGCGAUAGCCGGGCCAGCACUGUGUCCCCCGGCGGCUACAUGGUUCCCAAAGGUUCGGCCUCGUUCCAGCCUUCGCCCGAGAAUUGUCGGCAGUUCCCCAGUGCCUCCCAGUGGGCUUUCCGACAAGGCUACGGCAGCCUGGACUGGAGCUCCGAUGCCUUCAGCCAGCUCUAUAACCCAGGCUUUGACUGCCAUAUCAACGAGCCCAACGUCAUUCUGGACAUCUCCAACUACACGCCUCAGAAAGCCAAGCAGCAAACGGUGUCUGAGACGUUCUCUGAGUCCUCCUCGGACAGCACCCAGUUCAACCAGCCUGCCGGCUACAGAAGAGCCAACAGUGAGGCCUCGUCUAGCGAAGGUCAGUCCAGCCUCUCUAGCCUGGAGAAGCUCAUGAUGGACUGGAAUGAGUCGUCCUCUGCCCCAGGUUACAACUGGAACCAGAGCGUCUUGUUCCAGAGCAGCUCCAAGCCGGGACGGGGAAGGCGGAAGAAAGUGGACAUAUUCGAUGCUGCCCAUCUGAAUUUCACGACGUCUGCAUAUCCCUCCAAACGGGGCACGGGGGCCAGGCAGCCCCGGGGCUCCCGGGGAGCCUGUGCCUCCAAAAAGGAGAGAGGCACAGGGAAAACCAAGUUCCCUGCCAAAUCCCAGCCAGUGAACCCCCUGUUCCAAGACAGUACUGACCUUGGCCUGGAUUACUACAGUGGAGACAGUAGUAUGUCCCCUCUGCCCUCCCAGUCCCGGGGCUUUGGGCUCAGUGAAAGAGACCCAUGUGACUACGCAGGGCCUUACUCCAUGAAUCCCUCCACUCCUUCCGAUGGCACCUUUGGGCAAGGGUUCCAGAGUGACUCCCCUGGACUCGGGCAACCAGACCUGGAGAGCAAACAUUUCCCUAGCAUCCCUCACCAGUUGGCUGCCCCGCCCCCUCAACAGACUGUGUUUGAAACAGGCUUGCAAAAAGCUUUCUCGCCCAACUGCUCCCCAACCUUGGCCUUUAAAGAGGACUUGCGGUCCAGCGACAUCCGGAAGCUUCCAGCCUGCGACUCACUCAAACACAGCAUGCAAGGGGCUGGCAGCAUGUCCCAUUCAGCUGUGCAUAUGACCUGCCGGGACCUGCCCAUGUCCCAGCCACACUAUGACUCCCCCAGUUGCAAAAACCCAGGCUAUUGGUACUCCCCCACCUCCAACACCCGCAGCCCCCCCUAUGACAACAAAGCUGGGGUCGGGAUGCUCAUGGACUUCAUGGGGAGGAGCCCAGAUACUUCCUGCCUCAACCCCCAUCUGACUAGCCCCCCUGGCAGCAACCCUUCUAAGAGCGAGAAAGAACCCAUGGACAUGGCCAGGGCUCACCACCGAGGGGCCUACCUUUGCCCCUUGAUGAAUGACUUGAAUAUCUCCCCAGUCCUGAGAGACUCUAUGCUGCCACUGCAGGACAACUACAGGUACCCCAGCUUUGCACCGCAAGGGCAUCCCAUCAUGGCUGGAGCCCAGAAGAGUGGGUUUUUGGGUCCAAUGCUAGAACAACAUCCCGAGGACACGUUCACAGUCACCUCAUUGUAGUGUCAUCUGAAGUGCCAACCGGACAACGAGGUUUUGUUUCAGGUUUCCAUAACCAACAAGAGGACCCUCCCCACCACCAUGCUGGCUCUGCUCUUGCAACAAACAGACUGCCAUCUCCAGCUCCUCUUGACAGUGCUUCUUCGCAGGGAGUGGAGGAGAGUUCCACAAGAAACAUCCUUGCCCAUGGAAGUCCCAGCAAGAAGAGGGAGACUUCCUGUGUCCCCCACCCACCCUUCUGUCUUCUUGUACUCUUCUGUGUUGCUGCCUCUUCCUCUUUUCCCCUCAGUCCUCGACCUGUCAAUGAGGUGCUUCGGUCUCCGCUACGGAGAAGCAAGUUGGGCUGGGGGGGUUGGGGGGGAACAGAGGCUUUUCUUUCUGCACAAA